AUGUACGUUAUAAUCCAGCCAGAGUGUUUGAAGAAGAAAAUGAUAGGAGUAUUCAUUAAAUAUAGGCAUGCCAAGCCACUGGCUUCAAGAUGUGCGAAAUUCAGGUUCAAGCCACUUUCUGAAGAAAUAUUGAGCAGUCGUAUAUUGUACAUUUGUAAAGAAGAAGGUCUCUAUCUUGACACAGAGGCUCUUUCAACUUUAAGUUCUAUAUCACAAGGUGAUCUUCGUCGGGCAAUUACAUACUUGCAGGGAGCAGCGCGCUUAUUUGGAUCAACAAUUUCUUACAAGGAUCUAAUUAGUGUGUCUGGGGUCAUCCCCCAGGGUGUUGUGGAUGAACUUUUUGCAGCAUGCAAAAGUGGUAAUUUUGAUUUGGCUAACAAGGAAGUCAGUAAUAUUAUUGCAGAAGGAUAUCCAGUCUCCCAGAUGCUUUCUCAGCUAUUUGAGGUGGUUGUUGAGGCUGAUGAUAUAUCAGAUGAACAGAAGGCUAGAAUUUGCAAGAGUUUGGCUGAAGCAGAUAAGUGUCUUGUAGAUGGUGCAGAUGAGUACUGCAGCUGUUGGAUGUUGCCAGCAAUGCAAUACGUGCCCUUUGCAAUAUGCCUCAAGAGUCCUCAUAUGAGAAUUAGAUUAAUCGGAAAUCCUUAACAGAAUGUCAAUACGCAUUAAACAUUGCGAAAAUUAGUAGGAUAAAUCUCUUGAAAAAUAUUUUAUCUAGUUUGUAACAUGUGCUUCGGAUAACUUUUUACCGCGUGGUCUUACUUGUGGGAUGUAGCUCAUCUUGAUAGAAAUGUGAAGGCAAUUUUGCUGCUUACUUGUUUAGAACAGUUGUAGGUCAGAGGACCGAGAACAAGAAGUUCAGUAAAAUAUUUUCAGCGGCAAGAAUGUGUACAUACACUCCACUGUAAGAGAGAGAAUGAAAAGGUAUUUAGUGAAGUAUUGUGGAA